UUUAUUCUUGGCAUUUAAUUUGUGAAUUAGGUUAUACGUUAAAUUUCACAAAAAUAUUAAUGAACAUUAAGUUAAAAGCUGUCAAAAUGAAUAGUGAUGCUGUAAUUUUCUAGUCUGUGCGGGCGGCGGGCUGCAAAACUCUUUCAAGUUUUAACGAUUUGUUUGUUGAUUUGAUGAUUUUUGUUGGUAACUAAUUUUUUGGUUUGUUUUCGAGUUUCAGUAUGUUAAGAACUUAAAACUACACAAUAAUGGACACAAAUGAAAUACUUUCUACUUAUACUAAGAAAUUGAUUUUUUUCUAGGUCACCCAUUGCGAGAAAUUCGUGAGCGUUCUUUACAACUGCUUUUUGCUAAAAUGCAGUUAGGUUGGACUUUAAACGAUGAAUUACGUAGUAAUAGUGAACUUUUAGAAGCUCUUCUUGCUUGGUUUGAUAUUCCACAUCCUUCAAUGCAGCGGGAAGCCUUAGAAUUAUUACUUAAACUUAUAAAGACAAAAGGUGGUAAUUAUGCUGUAAAGGAAUAUAACAUACAUCAAAUGUUAGAAGUUUUAUAUAAAAUAAGGCCUAAAGUUGAAAGAAACACUUUAGAAUUAUUUGAAGAAAUUGUAGAUAACCUUAAGUUUCUUAAUACUGUAGAAUCUUCUGAUAAUAUGAACAUACCAAGACUUAAUAUUCCUUCUACUUCUAGUAUAAACUCAAAUUCUGAAAGGGGAGGAUUACCUAAUGAAGAACUUUGUUACUCAAACAGAAAUUUGACGUCAGAACCAGAAUCUGUUUUACUUGAAUAUAAUAGUAACCACAAUAUUCAAACGAAUGGCAUAAAUGUGCUUCUGUUUCCAUGGGUUGUAUUAAGUCCAUCUGACUAUAAAACAAUUGUCCUUAUUGAGGAUUCCCUGAAGAUUGUUAAGUCUACCAGGCGUUGCUGUAGAUUUAUCAGAGAUGUCUUUCUUAGUGACUUUUCUGCUGAAAUAUUUUUAAAUAGACCAUCUAUUAUUAAGGCCUUACUAGCUAUAUCGGAUGGGCAAUUGGGCAGUUCUCCCAGUGAAGCAUUGCAUGUGCUAUUGUCUAUAACAAAAUCACUCCAUAAACUGCUAAAACAGCUGUUAUCUGCAGAACUUAUUUGUGAACAUAGUAAGGUACCGCAUGACAACAGAGAUUCCUAUGAUAAUGUGAAUGUGGAAUUGGAACAAAUAGUGGGUAGAAUAAUAACACCAAAUGAGGAUAAAUUAGCAGCAUUGCGGCAAUUGCCUGCACCAAUAUUUGCAUUAGAUACAGCACACACUGUUCUCUGUAUCAUGGCAAAGAGUGUACAGAUUGAUUCUAUUAAUAAAGAAAUUUUGACUAUGAAGGAGCUAAGUCUAUGUAUUUGUUUAGUUGAAGAACUUACAAACUUACUCUUGGACCUUGUGGAUGAGAGGUUUUGGGUCACGGAUCACUCAUCGAAGAUUCAAAGGGAUAUAGCGCAUAAAAGUUGCAUGACAAUGCGGAUGUUGGGUGAACUUUUAAUGAAGUAUCACAAUUUGUACCAGGCAGACCAAGAGCGAUUACAGCAUAGAGUAGCCUGGUUUAGACUUUUAUCAUGUGCAGCUGAAUUGCUGUAUUGGGCAAGGAAAUCUCCUCUUCCGCCAACUUCCUUAUGUAAAGCUCUACAAAUAGGUCUUUUGGAUCCGGGAAUCGAUAUUUUUUAUCCAGAGCUUAAUAAGCGAAUGUCUGUUGUUUUACAGUGUGCACAAUCAGCAGUUGACCAAGAAUUUAAAAGCAGAUACCGAGAACUAAAGAAAAUAUUCACCAGCAUGGAUCAUGCGGUGGAGUUUAUGCAGAAACCUGGGAAUAGCCAAAAUAUACUAUUAACAAUUAAAAAUUCCAUACCAGUGCUUCAUAUAUAUAGAAAUGAGAGAUUUUUAACUGACAUAGCCGAGGUUUUAAUGGCGAAGAAGGUUGAUGGCAGUGAUUGGUCAGUAGCAAGGGAUAUAGCGUUAUCGCUUAUGGCUCAUAGCAUCCCCUGGGUUAAAGGGCUGUUCUAUAAAAUACUGGCGAAUAUGGUUAAGGAAGUGUUUAAGUCAGAAAAUGAAAUGAGUUUGAAUUUGUUGUGUGACGUUGGUGUUCUAACUGAGAUAUGCUGUCAUGGCUUGACAUGUAGUAAUGAAGAGGUUCAGGAAAGUGCUUCCGAAGUAAUGCUAUACCUACUCCGCGGGAGACUAGUUCUCAGCGAGAAAUGUUGGUGGAGGCUUCUCGCCAGUUUGAUGCCCGUUCUGCCUCUCUUACACGUCUACGCAGCUCACGAAACGCAACUUGGUAAGGCGAUUUGCAAAUCCCUCGAAGCGGACAUAGUGGAAUGUAUGGGAGUGUCCAAAGCCGAAAUGGCUUGGGGUCUAGUCCGUCUCUCGUUUGUCAAAUGUCCAGCUGUGCAAAUGUAUGCGGCGCAUUCUCUAUGUGGACUUUUAGAUGACGACAAAUAUCUACCUCCAAAAGAGACACUCCGGACAGACAUCCUCAUAAAUGCCUUGCGGCGGGUGGAGGUUCAGGAUUUUAAUGUGGAUCAAACGAGUUCACCUGACAGGAAGGUGUCGACUACAGGUCUAAUACAAGUUCUGGAAGUACUGAAACAGGAUUUAGUUCUGGACGGUUCGGAGUAUAUGCCGGCAGGCACUUCUCAGACAUUGGAACCGUCUCUCCGUCGAAGUACUUUGCAGCAGUUGGCCGUGAUGAUGAGGCAGCAGGGUCUGCACGAUGCCUUUGUACGAUAUGAUGGGGUCAAAAUUAUUGAUGCCUUGCUUAGAAUGUCCCUAACAGUUGAUGACUACUUAGCCUUCCCUGAGUGCGCUUUGAGUUGUGUCUCUGUAAUGAAUAGCAUUUGUUUUGCCGCCCGACAUGAGCUGUCGAAAAUGGCUGAAUUACCCUUAUUCCUGCUUAGAGCUAUACUCGUGUUCCCCUCCAACGAAAGCCACGUCACAAUGUCCGCACAAGUACUAGGGUUACUGGCUUGGGCCGGGUUCGUUUUACAAGAGCUGGACGAUUCCAGGCAGAUAGUGCCAGCCCUGCCCUCGAGUGUGACUCAGCGUGUCAAUUUACCAUUUACUGUCAACACAUAUUGGAUUACCAGCCCUAAUGCCGAACAUGGAUCUGUGGACUGGCUUCUCAAUGACACGGAAUGGCGUACAGCCAUCCGUAUACGAUGGCAUUGGGUACUCAAUGGGGGCAAAAGAGUACGCGGUUCACCACAUUUGCUUCAAUCUAACAAGGGUCUCAACGAUCACGAUUUGGAGCUACUUAGGUCCGCAUGUGUGGACUACUCCUGUACGAAAGGGCUGUUGAAUUUGGAGAAUGCUACUACACACAUGCAGGUUAACGAAGCACUGUGUGUCUUGGAGAGCUAUAUCCAUGUGAUGUCAUCGUCUACGGUCUGUCCCGAAGAGUUUGGAAGUCUAAAAUGGCUGAAUCUGAAGCGAUUCCUAAUAUCGCCACCAGCGUCUGCGCGUGACACAGAUCUGUUGAUAGUUUUGUUGCAGUUCAUCGUUGCUUAUAUGGACAGCGUGCCUAAUACAGAAGCAACGAUGUCGUGGGUAAAAUCAUCAUUUAUCAGUAACGAAGCAACUAUAAUAGUACUUUUGAGUAGAGACCGUCUCUACCCCCAACAAACGUCCAGCGAAGAUAUAGACGUCAUACAACUCAGGAUAUACAUAGUUAAAGUUCUCCUACGGUGUAUAAUAAUGGAAGAUGGGUUUAGUGGCAGCAAGAUGGAAAGUCUCCUGAAGAUCCUCUUUGCAUGUUUGGAACGGGUUGAAUUGAAGAAUUUUCAUAUGCUAGGGUAUCUCAAGGAAUUACUAUGUUGUAUAAGGUAUGCCUUGCACUCUAACUGUGAUCUUUCCGAGGAAGCCUUAUUAUACAGCUUAAAGAUGAUAACUAGGGUGUUAAGUGGCUGUGCAUCCAGCGCUGGAAGGAAAGGUCAAGCCUGUAGAUUGGAUGCGAUGCUCGCGUUAAUGGCUGUUUUGAAGAAAAUCAAGAUACAUAACAUACCAGUUCAGCGAUGGGGAGAAUACUGCGAUGGUUUUUUGACUGAAUCGGUAAUAAGAUGUGUGGACGCCCAACGUCCGGAGUUGCGCGCAGCCGCUUUACAAGUUACGGCCGCGCUCGUAUAUUAUACGCAACUUAUACCACAGAUAUUGCAAUAUAUCUCCGACGAGUCUUUAUGUCGUUACGCAUUGGACGUGUUCUCAAAGAAUGGCGAAGCAAACGUCGUUCGUGCGUCUGCGCUGGCUCUUCUCACGACUGUCACCUCUCGUGUCUCACCGCAUAAUCAAGUGUUAGAAAGGGAUCUACUGAUGUCCCUAGAUGAUUACAGUUUCGUGGAAGAGUGUUUACAAAUUUUAAUAGACUUCUGUAACAGCUGUAAUUCGAACGAUAUAUCCUAUCCUGAACCAAACAUGCCAUUCGCUUUAUUAGAGAAGAGAUCGGAACUGGAAGUGCGCAGUCAAAAGAGCCAAGACAUCUGCGUGUCACCGACCCAUGAGUUUGAAAAGCCGCCACCGACUGGCGAUCUAAUUACAGCUAUCGCCGAUGUGUUCACAAACGUUUCAAUGUUGAAGAAUAGUCCUAUACAAAGUUGGAAUGAACGGGGUCUUUAUAGGGUGAUGUUUCGAUGUUUAAGUCGGUCAGAGGGUAUGUUAGAGCAGGACAGUAUCAGCGGUAGUAUCUGUCGCACUCUAUGCGUCGCGGUGAGACAUAAGUGCGUACGCGCACUUCUAGCCUCUACUAAGGACUGCUUACAUAACCUGAUUAACAGUUUGCGACCCAUUGAAGCUGAUAACCAAAUCUUUGCGCGCACGCAGGCUACGCUACUACUAGGAUAUUUACUAAACGAUACAUCAGCUAGCGAUACCUUGUGGUGGGAAUUGAAGAAAAACAACUCGAAUUUAUUAUUUGAAAUGCUUUUGCAGUUCUUGGAAAGUGAUGAUAUAGAAUUGCAGUCAACCGCGAUGUUUUGUUUAACCCAAUUGGCGCAAUCGAUUCGCAAAGAAAACAAACAUACAUUCAUAGACAACGUGCAGUCGGGUAGCGUCGGUUUGAGUGAUUGCCAGCCGGAGUACAUGGUUGAGGAAUUGUGCAAGAUAUUAAUGGAGAUCUUCAAGGAACAUUUGGAGAAGAAAAUCUUUUUGACGAGACAAGACGAUACCUGGUCCUCUCUAUGUUCCUGUAUGGCGUCAGUACUCUCUGUCAGUCCUCGCAGUCGUAUGUAUGCGGUUCAUCGCCAAUUCCCCAGAGUGCUGAACCUUGCUCUGCAGGCUUUUAGGGAUAAACUGUCCUUGCAGGGGAAACCUAUGGAAGUCAUUCGGAAUGCUAAUUCGGAGCCAAUACUAAACAAUCUCUAUUGGGUCCUGACGUUGGCUAACAGUUCGAUGCUAGACUGUGCCCCGAGUAAGGAGCAUUUAUCCGAAGACGUCACCUCUCACAACAAGCUGUGGCCCUGGUACAUGAUGACGGAACCGUUGCGGGAUACAAUCAUGCACUUGCUGCUUACGUUUACUAAUGACAAUCCGAAAGGCUGGAGCGCGAUGUGCGCCUGCGUAUCCGGACGUAGCCUCGCGAGUGAAGUGUGUGCUCUGGUAAGUCGCGAGGCUUCGCGUCCUCGUGCUUCGCAUCUGUUGCCGCUCGCCUUGCGAGUGCUCACACAUUGCACGCCGAACCAGCACUGUCGGUCCCUUAUACUCAAGACUGACGUAAUAUCCUGCGCCUGCAAACUACGUGCACGCAAUAACGACUCGUACACCGAAGCGUGGUACAAACUGUGUGAAGCCCUGAGCCGACACGCGGAUGGGGCGUCGGCUCUUAUUAACGUGCUGUCUUCGCCCACACUCAGGCCCAUACCACGCCCAUUACUCACUUCCCUGGCCCACGCUGCCCAUCAUCAGAGAUUGGCAUUUCUUCAAUCACCGGAUCUUCUAGAAGUAUUAUCAGGCUCGCUGUUGACCGGCGACACAUCCGAGAUAGUUUCUGCCAGCCGUGCUGUAUGGGCCCUUGCUGCUAAUAACCAUCGGGCCAAAUUAGUCCUUCGGAGUUCUGGUAUCACCACGGCAGUCCAAACCACGAUGCAAAGACUGCAGAGGAGCAAUGACGUCGCGGCGGAGAGGGCGUUGCAACUUCUCACGUAUACGUACAAUAUUUUACAAACUUGAUUAAUUAAGCAAAAUUAUAGCGAUUAGAUGAACGUACACAUCGUGCGUACGGAUACGUAUACUUGUUUUUAAUUUUUUAACGUAUGUAAUUUAUUAAAUUAUUCCGUCAUUAAUCUGUUUGUCCUGCUUGACCCCCUUUUACAAAUAUCAAAAGACUGAACUAUUUAUAAUGAGUUUUAACGUAUACUAUUUAUUUAACCUAAUUAUUUGUAUGUUUUACUAAUUUAUUUUCUUAAAUCUAAAAUAAAAUUUCGUUUCUCAGUUUGUUAAAUUAUUAUGAAUA